AUGGCACGCAUAUCUCUCUACAUCAAAGCCUCCAUCAUUCGUUUCUUUCAGACUAUAGGUCGAUACUGCGAUCUUUAUCUCUCCACACCUUAUCCUCAGCGUCCAUCAUUCAGCCGCACCAUCUCGUCCACAGUCGGCUCCGUUCCUGGACGAUUCAAGCUACUCUUCUACACUCCCCCUGGCUUCAAUAUCAGGUCAAAGGCAGUGACCUACCCAGUUCUUAUCAAUUUCCACGGCGGUGGGUAUACCAUUGGCCAUGCAGCUGAUGAUGCUCGAUGGGCUACUGAGGUGGUGAACAGAACUGGCGGGGUGGUGGUCAGUGUUGAUUAUCGUUUGGCACCUGGGUACCCAUUUCCAACUGGUAUCGAAGAUUGCGUGUCUGCCGUGUUAUAUCUGUGGAAGCAUGCAGAUGAAUUGAAUCUGGACAUCUCUCGGACAGCAUUCUCAGGCUUUAGCGCUGGUGGCAACUUCUGCUACACCGCUGCUAUCCGUCUCUACGAGGAGCUAAAGCAGCUGAGAGCAAGCAAGGCAAUGGAAGAGAACAAAGUUGGAAGGCUCGUGAGCACAGUGACUUUUUACCCUGCUGUCGAUAUGACAAGAUCACGAGCUGAGAGAAAUGCCUCAAACCCAAACAUGAAACCGAUCAUCAACCCGAUAUUCUUCAAGUUGUUUUCUGGAGCCUAUUUAUCUCCUGGCCAAGACACGCAUUCGCCAUUGUUGAGUCCAGGAGUUGCACCUGACCAGUUGCUGAAGGAUGUUCUCCCAGAUGGUAAUGUUAUGAUUACUUGCUGGGGAGAUGGAUUGUUGAAGGAAGGAGAGGACUUCAGGAAGAGAUUGAGAGGGUUAGGGAAGAGAGUGGAUGGGUACACGGUUCCAGAUGUGCCACAUGGAUGGGAUAAGUGGCCGAGCUACAGUAAGGGGGAUGUGAAGAGAGAUGAGGCUUACAAGUCUGCUGCUGAGAGCUUGAAGGAAUUUUGGUCUUGA